CCGGUCCCUAUCUCACCCCCUCCUCCCCCCGACUUCUAACCCCAAAUAAUGUUCUAGAUCUAAUUCACUUCAUGAUGCACUCGGUGCUCGGCUAACAAGGCUCGCAAAUCGCUACUCCGCUCAUUACGACCUGUCGAGUCGUCGAGUGCACGAGUUUGCCUAAUUGUUUUGUUCUCUUGUUCUUCUCUCGCGUGUUGCAUUCUGCGCCGCUUGGUGAUGAAGAUGGCGACUACAACUGUGGAACGGCUAUUGGCAGGGGUCGUCUCGCUGAUCAUGGCUGCCACCAUUUUGGAGGAGUUCACCGGUCACAUCAGGGGCGUGUCGCAGGCGUCUGUCAUCAAUAGCAAACCACGCCCCAUUCGGAUCCCGGUGAAUCCAGCUGGCCCCCAGAGUCUUCACGACAUUCAGUACGCCCACCAUAUUUCAGCGCGUGUCCAUCACCGCCGUGGCUCCUCCCCUCGAGCAGAAAAGGCCCUUUCAUUGGUCCCCAAUGAAGACAAACUAUUUAUAGAAAACAUCCCUAUUGACAGCUACUCCGCUAAAGGACCAAAACGCCUACUCUCACGCCCACCUUCAACCAACUUUUUACGCCCAGGCCUUAAAGAUUUAAGCCUGAAAGCUUCUUCUGAGUACCCAAACUUCUUCAGAAACUCAUCCGCUCCUGACAGAGGCAAGUUCGGUCGCUUAUACAGUAAGGGUAUUUCACAGCGGAAGUCGGAGAGACAGCAGCUCCUCCUGACUGGCGGGAAACAUCAAAGGGACAGGGUGUACGUGCGGCCAAUGAGGAGGAAGAGGAGAAGGAGGAGUAAGCGAAUGGCGGGGUUUGACCAGGAGGACACGAGGAUACCCCCGGAGUACGGACUUGUUGUG